CUUCUACAACUUCCGGCGUUAGAAAAAUUAAAAGCCUGUUUCCUCCGUAGACAAACCUUCUUAACCUGCUGCAGUUCCACGGAGAAAUGGUCGCUAUUGUACCACAUAUUAACAUUAGAGGCUUGUAUUCGAUACUUUUCUCUUAAUCUGUCGCAUUUGGCCUGACUUGAGCGGCCGUUUUCCCGCUACUAAACAGCGGCGCCUCUAGGUAAAGAUGGCGGAAGUGGAGAAGAGUGGAGAGCUCAGCAAAGACAAAAACGAGCUGCAAAUUCUAAAGGAGCUUGUGGAUGAACUAUAUCAUUUUAGAGACUGUUAUUUUGAGACUCACAGUGUCGAAGAAGCUGGAAGGAAGCAAAGUGAUGUCACACAGGAGUUAGAAAAAACACUAAAGAAGCUGGAGGAGAAGGAAGAGUGUUUCAAACAUAAGGCGGAGUAUCUGCUGCAGAAAGGCAGGUGUCUAAACGUAGCUCCAGACUUCAGUGCCGUAGCAGAGGAGUGCCUUUCCCGGGCCGUGAAGCUGGAGCCCGGGCUGGUUGAGGGCUGGAACUCAUUAGGAGAACAGUACUGGAAAAAAGGAGACCUGACCGGUGCCAAGAACUGCUUCACCGGAGCCCUGCAGCAGAGUAAAAAUAAAGUGUCUCUGCGUAACCUGUCCAUGGUGCUGAGGCAGCUGCCCGCGUCCGAUGCCGACGCUCACGGUAAACAAGUCCUGGAGAGUGUGGACAUGGCCCGACAGGCCGUCCAGAUGGAUGUCACCGAUGGGACGUCCUGGUAUAUUCUGGGAAAUGCCUAUGUGUCCCUGUUCUUCACCUGUGGUCAGAAUCCACAGUUGUCUCAGCAGGCUCUGAGUGCCUAUGCACAGUCUGAGAAGGUGGACCGAGCUGCCUCCUGUUACCCAGAGCUGCAUUUUAACCGGGCCACUCUGUUCCAGUACGAGGAGAUGUUCGGUUCAGCGCUGGGGGGCUACAGCCGAGCGGCAGCGCUGGACCCGGGCUGGGAUGAGCCUCUGGAGAGAGAGAAACAGCUGCUGGAAUAUCUGGAGAAGGUCACAGAACUCAUACAGAACAAGGGGAAGGUGAAGGCUCGGCGGUUGCGGACGAUGCUGUCUAACCUCAGUACGUCGUCCCUGGGCCCUUGCUCGUCCCCUCAGUUCCGGUCCCCGGGGGGCCGUGUGGGCAGCCUGGAGCCCCGGACCCUGUCCUCCCUGGGACAUGGACACAAUGCCGGAGUGGCUGCCCUGGGCAAAGUGGUGUUCAGCCUGGCCUCAGAGGGACGCAUGGCUUUUACAUUUGGCAUGGUGGACAGCGAGGAGACAUGCAUGGUGGUGAUGGUUUACAACACGGCCGACAGCUGGGGCGUCCUCAUCGGAGACACCGUGGUCAUCCCAGAGCCUCACGUCAAACGCCAGAGUAUAACGCAUAAAGACAAGUCGUAUGACUUCAGAAGUAUACGGGUGGACUCUCCUCUGCUCCUCAUCGUCAACGGCAAGAAACAGAACAUCCAGAGUCAGAUCGCUGCCUCGGUCAGCUACAAACCCCAGAGCGAAUGAGUUCAUCCAGUCUGUGUGUGUUUAAUUUUAUGUGUUGGUUUGUAUAUACAUGUCACACCGCCUUACACUUUGGUAUAUUUAUAUUAUUUCAUUUGUAUGUUAUUGGGGGACACUUGUUUUGUACAUGAAUGAACCUGUGAGGAUCAUGUUGUCAGUCAUGAUUUCAGUUCAUCCUUUGAAAAAAAAAAAAAAAAAAAAAAACACAUAAAAAUCCCUUUUACC